GCGCUCAUCAUCUCUGCUAAUCUCUGGACGCUGCCUGUCAUCAACGACACUGCUGUUGCUGCUACUGACAGUUAUCACCGAACAGCCCUGAUUUCCACGUAGAUUAGGAUGAACAUUUACUAAGAGAAAAAGGCAGGGAACCCGAGGGCAGCACCGAAGGGACCAAGAGGAGAUUAGACGUUAGCUUCGCCGUAACGUUUACUCGGGAGUUGCGAUGGUCCAGUCAAGGGAUAUUUUCCUAGCUUUGCUUCUUGUGGGCUGCACAGUAUCCCUGGAGGUGCAGAUCACACCCAAUCAGGGUGAAAUUAGCCUUGGAGAGUCCAAAUUCUUCAUGUGUGAAGUUCUAGGUAAUGCCAGGCACAUAGACUGGUUUGGACCAAACGGUGACAGGAUAGAACCAAACCGACCAGACAUAACAGUAACCCGUAAUGAUGAGUCAUCAUCCACCCUAACACUUUAUAAAGCAGGCACUGAAAAUGCUGGGACAUACAAGUGUGUCGCUACCAGUGGAGACCAGCAAGCAGAGGCAACUGUCAAAGUGAAAAUUUUCCAGAAAAUCACCUUCAUGAAUGCACCAUCACCACAAGAGUUUACUGAAGGAGACAAUGCCAACAUAAUUUGUGACGUCACCAGUUCGCCUCCACCAACAGUGCUCUGGAGAUACAAAGGAGCAAGAAUACAGAUGGAAAAAGAUGUUCGCUUCAAAGUACUGAACAACAAUCACCUUCAGAUCCGUGGCAUAAAGAAGACAGAUGAAGGCUCGUAUACCUGCGAGGGUCGCCUCAUGGCCCGCGGCGAGAUUGAUCUGCGGGUCAUCAAGGUCGUCGUGAAUGUGCUACCUACCAUCAGGGUAUGGCAGUCAGAGGUGAAUGCUACGGCAGAGGUCGGGCAGCCUGCCAUGUUGACUUGUGCUGUUGAUGGUUAUCCUGAACCCAUGGUGACUUGGACAAGGAACGAAGCAGUUCUUGAGGCAGGAGAGAAGUACAGCUUUAAUGAAGAUGGCUCAGAAAUGACAAUAAUGGAUGUCGCCAAGCUGGAUGAAGGAGAGUACACCUGCACCGCCAAAAACAAGGCUGGAGAAAGUGAGCAGGAGCUCAGCCUGAGAGUGUUUGUCAAACCUAAGAUCACGUACAUCGUAAACCAGACAACUUCAGAGUUGGAGGAGCAGGUAACUCUGACUUGUGAAGCCUCAGGAGAUCCAACUCCCACCAUCAACUGGAGCUACGGUGGUCGGGUCUUCACUGAAGGAGAGCAGGCACACCUAAACAGGAUCUAUCAGGCAUCAUGGACUCGGCCAGAGCAGCACAAGAGUCAGGAUGGAAAUGUGGUGGUGAGGAGUGAUGCUCGUGUGUCCUCCCUCACUCUGAAGUAUGUCAAGUACACAGACGCUGGUCAGUACCUCUGCACAGCACGCAGUGCCAUUGGAGAGGAUGAACAGACAGCAUUUCUGGAGGUUCGCUAUACCCCUAAAAUUCAUGGUGCCGUGGCGGUGUAUACCUGGGAGAGAAAUGCUGUCAACAUUAGCUGUGAGGUUAAGGCUCAUCCCAGUGAUGUUUCCAUAGUGUGGCUGAGAGAUGGACAACAGCUUCCUAACUCGAACACCACAAACAUGAAGAUUUUCAGAACUCCAUCAUCUAGCUACCUGCAGAUAACCCCAGAGUCUGAAAAUGACUUUGGGAGCUAUAACUGCACUGCUUCAAAUGAGAUGGGGACAGAGUCCAAGGAGUUCCUACUCAUCCAGGCCGAGGUGCCGUCAGCUCCAUCCAUCUAUGAGGUGAGACCUUUUUCCACUACAGCACAGAUCCAGUUUGAGGAGCCGGAGUCCACUGGAGGAGUCCCUGUUCUGAAAUACAAAGUGGAGUGGAAGCCUCAGGAAAGGGGCAGCUGGGUGCAUAAAGUCUAUGAGGUCACAGAUGGCUCCAUUGGUGAGAUGACUAUCACAGGCCUAAGGCCAGAGACCUCAUACCAAGUGAAGAUGUCAGCCAUCAACGGCAAGGGUGAAGGUGAAAGCAGCACCUCUCAGUUCUUCAAGACAGAACCAGUCCAUGAUAUUUCUCAUUUAUUCACUGAAGACACAGACGGAAAUCCAAAUCCUCCAAAACUGGAAGGGGUACUUCAGCCCAAAGGAAACUCCCUCAAAAUCAGCUGGAUCAAGCAGGAUGAUGGUGGUUCCCCUAUUCUACACUAUCUUGUCCGUUACAAACCACUUCAGGACUCAGAAUGGAAGCCAGAAAUCAGACUGCCGGCCAGCAGCGAGUACGUGAUCCUUAGCGGGCUGCAGUGGGACACUGACUAUAAUGUCUAUGUGGUGGCAGAGAAUCAGAAGGGAAAGUCCCAGCCUGCAUCAAUGUCCUUCAGGACAUCCUCAGAACCAGAAGCUUUUCCAGAUCUGGGUGAUGAGGCAGCGCUCUCCAUGGGCAUCAUGCUCUGGGCAGGGAUCCUUGUUGUAGUAUUUGUACUCCUGCUGCUCGCGGUUGAUGUCACCUGUUACUUUGUCAACAAGUGCGGCCUCAUCAUGUGCCUCUGUGGUAAAACGGGCACGGGGACCAAAGGACACAACUUGGAGGAGGGCAAGGCAGCAUUCAUCAAAGAUGAGUCCAAAGAGCCAAUUGUGGAAGUAAGAACAGAGGACGAAUGCACAGCAAAUCAUAAUGCAGCAGGUCCAACAGAGCCCAAUGAAACCACACCUCUCACAGAGCCAGAGCUGGCGGCUUUCACUGCUGCUCUGGCACUGGACACCCUCUCCUCCGUAGCCACCAACUCUGACACAGCCACAGCAACAGUUCAGGACAGCCCCUCUAGCGAGACCACUACCCUCACUUGUAGCCUGUCUACCCCGGCCAACGACCCUCCUGACCCCUCACCCACCCCUGUCCCGGCUCCAGCCCCGACUCCAGAGUCAAACACGGCACCGCAGACUCCCCUCUUCUCCACAUCUGCCGUUGAAGCUAAAAUGGCGCCAUUAGUAGAACAAAGAGGAAGUAGCACCCCAGAAGAAAAGGAGACAAUAACCACUCCACCUUGUACCCCUGAACGGACUAAAGCUCAAAAAUCUGGGACACCGAUACCACCAAAGCGUCGACACUCCCCUAAACUUGCUGCUCUGAAUGCUAAAGCUAGCCCUCCUGUGUCUCCACUUGCCACGUCCUCACCUUCGUUCGCUCCCACCUUCGACACCAAGAAACCUGCGCCGAGUCCACCCGUCUCACAGCGCAAUACACAGCCAUACACUGUAGCCUUAGACACAGAUACACCAGCACAGACUGCCUCCACUCUGGAAAAAACUGCCCCACCAAAUCCAGAAAAAUAUUCAAAUACAGCAGCCCCUGAUGCCAGUUCAGGCAGCCUUAAUACAUCUGACAGUAAGAGUAAAUGCACCGACCAAAAUGUUGAUAAAAACAUGAUCACUGCCAAAGAUGCUGUAGCCAGCUCUCCUUCAGUGAUGCACCAUGCUGGACACUCUGCUCCUCUAGUCGCAGACAUCCCCUCUCCUUUACCUGUUACUCCUAUUACUUCAAAUUUCUCCUCGACUUCUCGUGAGGCGCCAGUUUCAAAUGAUCUCUUCAUAAUGCCGUCAAACGUGUACGACUUACUGACCCCUGACGUUGGACCCGAGAGUGCGGAUUUAGAGUUAGAGCUUAGAAACGGGGCAGACAGAUCUUCCGCACCACCCGCAGACCUUAUAAGCUUAGACAGCCCACCCUCUCUGGCCAAUGGUGACGGAGCAGACCCCCCCUCAGGCCCAGUUCUGGAGGCAUCAGAGACUCUGGCCAAGACUGCUCCUCCUGUCAACGAUGAGAAGAGUUUUGCUGAUGAGAAAAGCAAACUGGAUGAGGCAGAACUAUCAAACGCCCUGACGGAGAUCACUGCAGAACACAACAGUGUCAUACAGACAAAAUCAGCAGAGAGCAAAGCAUGAUGAGACGGGAAAACCCCAAACCUAAUCCAAAACAUUUUUUGCAGCAGUAACGUUCAAGAAACACUGCUGGAGUUUUGAUUUCCAGUGCCCUUAACUACAUAUUUAAAUCAGCACAGACACACAUCAGUCUGUAGGUUAGAGCGCACUUUGACUAUGCUUUUAUUUCUGGUUUCCUUCAUAAGAUGUUUACUACACCCAAGGAAUUUAUCUUUAGAUCAUAAGAGAUUUAUUUUAUUUUUUUAUUGUUAUUUUAUUUCAGCAGUCAGGAAGGAUAAAAGUAAACCCUUAUAACAAUGAUCACCUGUUAUAUAUAUGAAAAUACUCUUUUUAUUGUGCUUACAGUUUGUAAUGCCAUCGCAUACAGGUAUUGGAUUAUUAUGAGAAAUGUAAAAAAAAUCCUGACUAUAUACAGAAAUUAUUUUUCUUAUUUUCAUGUUUAACUGUUUUAAUGUGAAACUGUUGCAUUUUUUUAUUUGGACUUUUACUUUGUAAGCUAGUCUCAUUAAAUAGCUUGUCCUGCAUGUCUGACCUGCAAGUGGUUGUAAAGUUUUGUUUACAAGGUUUAUGGCUUCACUUUGUCUGUUCCAGGGAUGCGUCAUCUCUCACAGAUGCGCUGGUAUUGAUCAAAAACAGGCCCCAGCUCAAUGUUUGGAUUACAAGCAGAAAUAUUAUGGUUAUAAAAAUACAGGAUCAACCCACAGCCAGCUGCAGGGGGAAAGAGACUGACACACAUGAUGACAGCGUGCACCAUCAGAUCAGAUUUGGCCCUUUUAAUGAGAACACAUAUUCAGUCUGCCACUGCCUUGCCAACUAGUUAAAACAUUAAUGAUUGAAAAUGUAUUUGAUUAAAAUAGACUAUUGACUGAAAGAUGGCAGCAGAGCUGCUGAUUCUUAGCCAAGGAUUUAGGAACUCCAAAUCAAGUUAGUAUUGUUGUAUGACCUUGUCUUAAAUAAACGUCAUGCAUUCGUCUGGGGGGGCAACAACUUUGAUAGCUAUUGUUUCUUCCCCACGUUAAAGCAGAUCCAAGUUCUGGCUUUCUACUUUGAGUUGUGCAUUUGAAGCGAAAAAAAAUAAAUACGCAUUUUUGUACUAUUUAAAAACUACAAAGAUUUAUUUUCCAUUUCCUGCCUGCAAGCUUGUGCACUGUGCCUGUGUCAGUAGAUUGUCUUGUCAUCAGUUUCUAUGAUAAUCUGCAUAGCUUUGUCGUGAGAGAUUUAGCCUAUUCUUUUGAUUUGAUAUACUGUACUACUAGAAGAAAAGUAUGAUAAAUGGACUAAUGUGGUCAUUAUAACACGUGUAGUGUAUAAAACUGUCCGUUUCUGGUCACAGCACUAUAUAUUGCCAGCUAUAUUGAAGGAAGGUGUUUUUGAACCUUGGCAUGAAUUCAGUCAGUACUUCAUAAUGUAUAACUCCAGGCAGAUAGACCUGCCCAUGUUUGUACGCGGGGGGGGGUUCUCCUACAGAUCUAUUGAGUGUUACAUUCAGGAAUUGUUCUGAGAUAAAUACAUCUUUUAUUUCUCUCCCCUUAAAGUUGUUACUUUAGUGUUCUGUAAUGUGGAUUUUGAAUUUCUUUCUCUUUUUUUGAAAGUUUUUGUCUUUUUGUACAAAAAUCACUCACCGAGAGCGACUGCUUGACAAGCUGGCAGGAAGCAGGGUGGUCCACUUGGAAAAGAAGAUCCAACUUAUUUAAGCUUCAGAUCCGAGACAUUAUUUCAAAAGAGCUGGAUGCAGAUUGAAGGUAUAUUGGAUUGAGAAAUGCUUUUUGCACCUUGUGCUCCACUGCUGUUACCAGACCACCUUGCUCCCUUUGUCUCUGGAUGCUCCUUUUGGUUUUAUUGGGUCAAACUCAGAACAUAUCUGUUGUGUACAGUCUGAGUGAUAACCCAUUUACAAAAUAAAAAAAAAAGUUUCCAAAUCUCUGUUUGUCCUG